AUGCAGUCUGACGAGAUCAUCUGGCAGGUCAUCAACCAGCAGUUCUGCUCCUACAAGGUCAAGACUGUCACGCAGAACUUCUGCCGCAAUGAGUUCAACCUGACGGGUUUCUGCUCGAGGCAGUCGUGCCCCCUCGCCAACUCGCGGUAUGCGACAGUGCGCGAGAAGGAAGGUGUGCUCUAUCUCUACGUGAAGACGAUUGAGCGUGCGCAUUCGCCAGCCAACCUGUGGGAACGGAUCAAGCUGUCGAACAACUACACCAAGGCGCUAGAGCAGAUCGACAAGGAGCUAAUCUACUGGCCCAACUUCAUCACGCACAAGUGCAAGCAGCGUUUGACUAAGAUCACGCAGUACCUGAUCAAGAUGCGGCGACUGAGCAUGACACAGCAGCCGAAAAUGGUGGGGAUCAAGAAGAAGCUGGAGCGUCGUGAGGCGACACGCGAGCGCAAGGCUCUCGCAGCUGCCAAGCUCGAGAAGAGCAUUGAGAAGGAGCUGCUCGAGCGCCUGCGCUCCAAGGCGUAUGGGGACGCGCCGCUCAACGUUAACGAGGACGUGUGGCGCCAAGUCCUCGACCUCGACAAGCAAAAGGACAAACUCGAGAACAUGGAGGACGACGACAGUGUCUUGGACGAGGAGGAGUGGGAGGGCGGCGAGCGCGAGUUUGUCGAGGACUCGGACGACGAAAGCGUCAAUGACCUCGAGGACUACAGCGGGAGCGAGUUUGACGAGUAUGACUCGGAGGAUGACGAGGGGCAGGACUUCCCGUCCGACCUUGAGGUGUCGGACGAGGACGAGGACGACGACGAGGACGAGGAGGGAAGUGACGACGAGGCAGAGGAGCCCAAGAAGGGCAAGAAGCCACCAGCACCCGCGGCCGGCACGAAGCGCAAGGCACCGCGCGAGCCGAAGCGUUCGGGCAAGAAGCGCCCGCACGUCAACGUCGAGUACGAGAUGGAGACGGAGCCGCUUUCGCGCGAGAUGAUCAACAACUGGUGA